UGAGCAGAUUCUUUUCUGAAGAUGAUGAAUUCAACAGUUGUGCCAUUUUCUGCGACUGCAACAUCAGAGGUGAGCGCCACAGAAACCAAAAGUCAAACGUCAGGAGACAUUAUAAAUGCUGUUUAUCCACCAAUUCUCAUAUUUGUUGGAGUCACGUGUAAUGUACUCAUCAUAUUGGUCAUGCGCACAAAACAGUUUUGUAGACAAUCAACGUCUGUCUUCAUGACAACCAGCGCUGUUAAUGACGCUCUAAGUCUAGUGAUAUCCAUGACAACACACUGGCUUUACGUUAGUUUUGAAGGGAUUUAUUAUCGAAAUGAUGUGAAAGGCAUCUGUAAAUUCCUAGACUUUUACGGGUGGGGGAACUGUGACUUCGGUAUUUUGAUCACAAGUAUGAUGACCGUAGACCGGGCUUUAGCAAUGACGUUUCCCUUAAGGUUCAAAACGAAAUCAAUCAAGCGAGCAAGAGUUGUGGUUCUUGUCACAGUCCUGAUUGUUGUCGCCAAGGAAUUUCAUUUCCUCAUUGGAUCCAAUAUGGUUCCGGAAUCGCGGAAAGAAAGGCUCUGUGAUGUAUUUCCAGGAACUGAGUCAUACAAAUUUUUCUGGAAGCAGGUUUGGCCUUGGUUACAUCUUGUAUAUCUUUCUGUGUGUUUCAUCAUCAUCAUGGGGAGUAACUCUGUUCUCCUACUUCAGAUACUCAAAUCAUCUAAUUUCCAGAAAAUCUUCAAGAAAACUAGCAAAAAUUCCAAAGUGACUGAACAAACCAAAUUCAAUUACAGUACUCGGAUGAGAAAACAAUUACAUACCAUAGCACCUAUGUUGAUUGGAGAGUCCUUAGUACUGUUAUUGUUAACGUUUCCUUUCUCCGUCCAAUUAUCCAUAUCAGGAUACGACCCAGAGUUUUACAGUACACCAGAUAUGGGACUGCUAUUCUCUGUGACUUUUUACAUGCUUUACACCAAUAAAUGUGUUACAUUCUUUGUUUACCUUGUGACUGGUGGUAAAUUUAGAAAAUCACUGAAACAGAUUUUCAGAAGAUGGUUCAAAGGAAAGAAGAGCGUGAGGAAAAAUCAAUUCAAUAAUUUUUCUAAGUGGUAUUCAAUUAAAGGAGAUUUACAGACAAUGAAGCCUAUCUGUAGGAGCCCGAGCAGCGAGGUCUGGAACACAGGAAGCUCAUUAUCAUCGGACAUUCAGACAGAGACCAGUUUUGUUGUGUCUACACAUCUGUAA